GACCUGCUUUGUGGUAUGGCGUCAGCUGUUUGGGGGAGGGGGAGCAGCUUGUGUACUUCCUCAAACCCCAGAAGUAGUGCACAGCUGCUGGACUUCCGUCCAUCCUGCAAGAAUCUGGCACUACCUCCCUCAUUGCUGGAGAGCCUAGCCCAGCUAGAGAACCUGUGCAAGCAGCUAUAUGAAACUACAGACACCACGACACGGCUGCAGGCAGAAAAAGCCUUGGUCGAGUUCACCAACAGCCCGGACUGCUUGAGCAAGUGCCAGCUCCUCCUUGAAAGAGGAAGUUCAUCCUACUCCCAAUUACUGGCAGCUACAUGCCUUACAAAACUUGUGUCACGCACAAACAACCCUCUGCCAUUGGAACAGCGAAUAGAUAUUCGGAACUACGUGCUUAACUACCUUGCCACCAGGCCAAAGUUGGCAACUUUUGUAACGCAAGCACUAAUUCAGUUAUAUGCCAGGAUCACAAAGUUGGGCUGGUUUGACUGUCAGAAGGAUGAAUAUGUCUUCAGAAAUGUGAUCACAGAUGUCACAAGGUUUUUACAGGAUAGCGUAGAACACUGCAUCAUAGGAGUGACAAUCCUGUCUCAGCUAACGAAUGAAAUUAAUCAAGUAAGUGCUACAGCCUUCUUCAGUGAAGCGGACACCACUCACCCCCUGACCAAGCACAGGAAAAUAGCUUCUUCGUUUCGAGAUUCAUCCUUAUUUGAUAUCUUCACGCUUUCCUGCAAUUUACUGAAACAGGCUUCAGGGAAGAACCUGAACUUGAAUGAUGAAAGCCAACACGGCCUGCUCAUGCAGCUACUCAAGCUCACACACAACUGCCUGAACUUUGAUUUCAUUGGCACAUCAACAGAUGAGUCCUCAGAUGAUCUCUGCACGGUACAGAUCCCAACUAGUUGGAGAUCAGCAUUCUUGGAUUCCUCGACCCUACAGUUGUUUUUUGACCUGUAUCAUUCCAUCCCUCCAUCGUUUUCACCGCUGGUCUUGUCCUGUUUAGUCCAGAUAGCGUCUGUCCGCAGAUCCCUUUUUAAUAAUGCAGAGAGAGCAAAGUUCCUGUCUCAUCUCGUUGAUGGUGUUAAACGGAUACUGGAAAACCCACAGAGUCUGUCAGACCCGAACAAUUACCAUGAGUUCUGCAGAUUGCUGGCACGAUUGAAAAGCAACUAUCAACUGGGAGAGCUGGUGAAGGUGGAAAACUACCCUGAGGUCAUCCGACUCAUUGCCAACUUCACCGUGACCAGUCUGCAGCACUGGGAGUUUGCACCAAACAGCGUACAUUAUCUCCUAAGCCUGUGGCAGCGGCUGGCAGCAUCUGUGCCAUAUGUUAAAGCCACAGAGCCGCAUAUGCUAGAAACAUACACUCCAGAAGUCACGAAAGCAUACAUCACUUCCAGGCUGGAGUCUGUGCACAUCAUACUGAGAGAUGGUUUGGAAGAUCCACUAGACGACACCGGCCUUGUGCAACAGCAGUUAGAUCAGCUGUCCACCAUUGGCCGGUGUGAGUACGAAAAGACCUGUGCUCUCCUGGUGCAGCUCUUUGACCAGUCAGCCCAGACUUACCAGGAGCUGCUACAGAGCGCCACUGCCAGCCCCAUGGACAUCGCCGUGCAGGAAGGGCGUCUGACGUGGCUUGUCUAUAUCAUCGGGUCAGUGAUCGGUGGCAGGGUUUCGUUCGCCAGCACAGAUGAGCAGGAUGCCAUGGAUGGCGAGCUGGUUUGUCGGGUAUUGCAGUUGAUGAACCUGACAGACUCUCGCCUGGCACAGGCUGGGAACGAGAAACUGGAGCUUGCCAUGCUGAGCUUCUUUGAGCAGUUCCGAAAGAUCUAUAUUGGAGAUCAGGUGCAGAAAUCCUCCAAGCUGUACCGCCGUCUCUCCGAGGUCCUGGGAUUGAGUGACGAGACCAUGGUCCUGAGCGUCUUCAUAGGGAAAAUCAUCACCAACUUGAAGUAUUGGGGUCGAUGCGAACCAAUCACCUCCAAGACGCUGCAGCUUCUCAACGAUCUCUCCAUUGGAUACAGUAGUGUUAGGAAACUGGUGAAACUGAGCGCAGUACAGUUCAUGCUGAACAAUCACACGAGUGAGCACUUUUCAUUCCUGGGUAUUAACAAUCAGUCCAACCUGACUGACAUGCGAUGUCGGACUACUUUCUACACUGCACUUGGGCGCCUCCUCAUGGUGGACUUAGGGGAAGAUGAGGAUCAGUAUGAACAGUUCAUGCUGCCCCUCACCGCUGCAUUCGAGGCCGUGGCACAGAUGUUCAGCACAAACACUUUCAAUGAACAAGAGGCAAAAAGGACCUUGGUCGGCCUUGUGAGAGACCUGAGGGGAAUAGCCUUUGCCUUCAAUGCCAAGACCAGCUUUAUGAUGCUGUUUGAGUGGAUCUAUCCAUCCUACAUGCCAAUUCUACAGCGGGCGAUUGAAUUGUGGUACCAUGACCCAGCCUGCACUACACCUGUGCUCAAACUGAUGGCAGAGUUGGUGCAUAACAGGUCCCAAAGGCUGCAGUUCGAUGUGUCCUCGCCAAACGGCAUCCUGCUCUUCCGGGAAACGAGUAAAAUGAUAACUACAUAUGGGAAUCGUAUCCUAACACUAGGGGAGGUCCCAAAGGAUCAAGUCUAUGCCUUGAAGCUCAAGGGGAUUUCCAUCUGCUUCUCUAUGCUGAAAGCCGCGCUAAGCGGCAGCUACGUCAACUUUGGUGUCUUCCGUCUGUACGGGGACGAUGCGCUCGACAACGCCUUGCAAACCUUCAUUAAGCUCCUGCUCUCCAUCCCGCACAGCGAUCUUCUGGAUUACCCCAAACUCAGCCAGUCCUAUUAUUCCUUACUGGAAGUUCUCACCCAGGACCACAUGAACUUUAUAGCCAGUCUAGAGCCCCACGUAAUCAUGUAUAUUCUUUCUUCCAUUUCAGAAGGUCUCACUGCACUAGACACUAUGGUUUGCACAGGCUGCUGCUCCUGCUUGGACCACAUUGUGACGUAUCUCUUCAAGCAGCUGUCUCGCAGCACUAAGAAGAGGACCACUCCCCUGAGCCAGGAGAGCGACCGGUUCCUGCACAUCAUGCAGCAGCACCCCGAGAUGAUUCAACAGAUGCUGUCAACGGUGCUGAAUAUCAUCAUUUUUGAGGACUGCAGGAAUCAGUGGUCCAUGUCUCGACCUCUGCUGGGCUUGAUAUUACUCAAUGAAAAGUAUUUCUCCGACUUGCGGAACAGCAUAGUGAACAGCCAGCCCCCCGAAAAGCAGCAGGCGAUGCACCUCUGCUUCGAGAACCUCAUGGAAGGCAUUGAACGCAACCUGCUAACCAAGAACAGAGACAGGUUCACUCAGAACCUGUCUGCGUUCCGGCGAGAAGUGAACGACUCUAUGAAAAACUCCACCUACGGCGUGAACAGCAACGACAUGAUGAGCUGACACCUUCCCCCGACUCCACCUGUACAGAGCAGCAUCUCUUUGGCCUGGACCAGAGGGGUUAACGUUUCCGAUGGAAAGAUAAGAGGGCGUUUCUGAUCCCUGCUCUUCCCUAGCGUUGGGCUGCGGUGCUCAGUUGGGGGCUGUACUCCACGUCCAAGGGAGGAGGGAACAGGAGGGAUGUUAAAGCUCACCAGGGCAGGGUGCUUGUGUUUCCUUGGGAGGGGGUGGAAGGGCAUAGGCCGGGGGUGAGAAUCCAGCAGCUCCCUACGACCCGAAUGUCUGGGUGGAACCCUAGCACUCUGCUGCAGCCUGCCUUGUAUAAACAUGUACAUUUUUUCAUAACAUUUUGAACAAGGUUUAUAUUGACUCAGUUAAAAAAAAAAAAAAA